CUUCUUAGUUUUUAUUUUGUUACAUAUAUAUUUAUAUUUAUUUAUAUAUAUAUAUAUAUAUAUAUUCAUUUUUGUUUAUUCAUACUUAUAUAACUUACUUUCCAUCUAUUUGUAUAUAUUCAACAACAACCAUAUAGUCAUGGGUAAUGCAACAUCAAAGAAAAGAAAAGAUAGACCUAGUGUGAUUCGUAACGAUAUUCCAGACAAUGAUUAUUCGAAUACUACGGCUACAUCCAUCAACUCAAUUCUUGUCAAUUCAAGUCUUCAACGGAAUUCUAUUAAUAAGAAUGGUAAAGCUGAUAGUAGUUCUCAUCAACAAGUUCCUUCAGCGCAACAAGCAUUUCCCAAUAGUCAAGAAACUACAAAUACAACAACUACAACAUCAACAGCACAUAAACGCGAUAGUGGAGAUAUGUGGCCACAACAACAAUCUUCUUUUGAUGACCAAGAUUCCAAUCAACUUACAUUUACUUCACAAAACCAAUUAACGGCAACAUCGAUGCGAUCUGUAGGACGAAACUUAGAUAUUGACGAAUGUAUCGAUCGACUUUUGGAAGUGGGAAAAACUACUAAAGUGUCCAAAUCUAUCUGUUUCAAGAAUUCUGAAAUUGUCGCCAUCUGUCGUGCUGCUCAAGAAAUCUUUGUAAAUCAACCUAGUUUAUUGGAACUUAAUCCACCAGUCAAAAUCUUGGGUGAUAUCCAUGGUCAAUAUCAUGAUCUGAUUCGAUUAUUUGAAAUGGGUGGUUUCCCUCCUGAUGCUAAUUAUCUCUUCUUGGGUGAUUAUGUGGAUCGUGGCAAACAAAGUUUGGAAACUAUUCUCUUACUAUUUUGUUACAAGAUAAAAUUUCCUGAAACUUUCUUUUUACUACGUGGAAAUCAUGAAAGUGGUUCUGUCACUCGUGUCUACGGUUUUUACGAUGAAUGUAAGCGACGUACGAAUGUGAAGAUCUGGAAAACGUUUGUGGAUGUCUUCAACACCUUACCUAUAGCAGCACUAGUGGCAAGCAAGAUAUUUUGUGUUCACGGAGGAUUAUCACCGUCGUUGCAUUCGAUGCAAGAUGUGCGUAACAUCAUGCGACCUACUGAUGUUCCUGAAUAUGGAUUAUUGAACGAUUUAUUGUGGUCUGAUCCUUCUGAUACAGCAGUAGAAUGGGAAGAUAAUGAACGUGGGGUAUCUUAUUGUUUUGGCAAGAAAAUCGUGAACGAGUUCUUAGCAAAACAUGAUUUGGAUCUGGUGUGUCGUGCUCAUAUGGUGGUUGAGGACGGUUAUGAAUUCUUCAAUGAACGUACCUUGGUCACGGUAUUCUCUGCUCCUAAUUAUUGUGGUGAAUUCGACAACUUUGGUGCCAUCAUGAGCGUUAAUGAAGAAUUAUUAUGUAGUUUUGAAUUGUUGACACCAACUGAUCAUCCACCUCUUGCUACCAAACUUGGCUCGAUGAACGCUCCAAAGGAAAGUCAUCCAAUGGUUAUGAAUACUGAUACUGAUUCACCUGGAAGAAAACCAAGUCCACCUAUGAUCUCAUCAUCAUUAUCUUCUGCCACAGAAUAUCAAGAUUGAUUUACUAUUUACCCCUCAUCGAUAGUUAUUUUACUUCUUCUUUCAAACAAAUCUAUAUUUACCCAUUUUUUUUUCUUUUAUUGUUAUUUAUAUUUGAUUCAUUACUUUGGAAUUUUUACAGUUAGUUUAUUGUUCGUCAUUUUGUUUCUUAUUUAUUCAUCUUCAUAAUAUCAUCAUUUUUUUUUUAUAUUUAUUUUUACAUUUUAUAUGGAAUUUAUUUUAAGUGUUGAUUUAUAAAAUGCACAACUUGAAUAAAGUGUAAAAGAUCAUUAUCCAUUGUCAUGUGUUUGCUUUCCAUUGUCA